GCACAGUAGACGCACACCAUCCGCGCUAUCGGUUCGAAACUAUUUCGGUACCAUUUGUGGAAAUUAAACCUAACAAAAACAAACAAAAAAAUCUGCCUCUUUAGUCGUUCGAAGUGUCAAACACACUUUACAAACAAACAAACUUGGUAAACUUGUAAACAAGAAAUGGAGGAAGACACGAAAUCAACCGACAGUUCAAAAAAAGCAGUCGAUGGGAAUUCCGAAGACGAUCCAGAUGAUUUGAUUAGCAUGGAAAAGCUGGAUAGAAAUUCGCCAGAAGUUUGGCCCGAAAAAAUUCCUGGAAUCAACUAUUUUAUCGCUAUGAACAAUACACCGUCUGUAACAUCGUCGUCACAAGCGAAAGGAAUUUCAUGGGCUCAAGGAUUAUCUAGUGAAGACAUAAACGCGAUGCAUCAAUUGGGAGCCCUUUCAUCCACCGGUUUGAUUGCCGAAAUUCGGAAACUCUAUGACCAAGCCUAUGAUUUGGGUAUUCAGGAAGCCAAAGAAAUGACAAGAGGACGUUAUUUAAAUAUUUUCCCAAGUACAAAAAAGAAAUAAAGUCAAAACAUUGCAAUUUUGAAA